AUGACGACGACGACGGCGACGACGGCGACGACGACGACGACGGCGCGGACGCGCGGCGCGCGCGCGGCGACGGCGGCGACGACGGCGACGACGGGACGACGACGAAUCGACGCGACGCGACGCGCGGCGAUCGCGAGCGAGAGCGAGCGGACGACGAGCGCGGGGUACGCGUUCGGCGACGUCGAGGCGAAGUGGCAAAAGUUUUGGCGGGAGGAGAAGACGUUCGCGACGCCGCGCGCGAUCGACGCGACGAAGCCGAAAUUUUACGCGCUGGACAUGUUUCCGUAUCCCAGCGGCGCGGGGCUGCACGUCGGACAUCCCGAGGGGUACACGGCGACGGAUAUCGUGGCGAGGUAUAAGCGAAUGACGGGGCACAACGUGUUGCAUCCGAUGGGAUGGGACGCGUUUGGAUUGCCGGCGGAGCAGUACGCGAUCGAAACCGGAACGCAUCCGAGAGACACGACGAAAACGAACUUGUUGGAGAAAGAUUUGGCGUACCAAGCCGAGGUGCCGGUGAAUUGGUGUCCAGCGCUCGGAACGGUGCUGGCGAACGAGGAAGUGAUCGAUGGAUUGAGCGAGCGCGGGAACCAUCCCGUCAUUCGCAAGCCGAUGAAGCAGUGGAUGUUGAAAAUCACUCAAUACGCCGAUCGAUUGUUGGAGGACUUGGACGAGCUCGACUGGCCGGAUUCGAUCAAGGAAAUGCAACGAAACUGGAUCGGUAAGUCCGAGGGCGCUCAACUCGCGUUCGCCGUGGACGGCUUGGGCGCCGACGCCGAAAAGUUGGAAGUGUACACCACUCGACCGGAUACGCUCUUCGGCGCGACGUACUUGGUCGUCGCCCCGGAGCAUCCGAUGAUCGACGCUCUUUCCGCGGGAGGCGCGCAAAAAGAUCAAGUCGCCGAGUAUGUUCUCGCGGCAUCUCGCAAGAGCGAUCUCGAGCGCACGGAAUUGAGCAAAGAGAAGACGGGUGUCUUUACGGGUUCGUACGCCGUGCACCCGCUUACGGGCGAAAAGCUCCCCAUUUGGGUUGCCGAUUACGUGCUCGGAUCUUACGGCACCGGUUCCAUCAUGGCUGUGCCCGCGCACGACGAACGUGACUACGAAUUUGCGCAAGCGUUCGAUUUACCCAUCGUUGAAGUCGUGCAAAAGCCGAAAGACACCGAAGGCGUGUACUCGGGCGGCGGAAAGAUGAUGAAUAGCAAGUGCGCCGCCAUCGACGUGGACGGGUUGGACAACGUCCAGGCGGGGCUCAAAAUCAUCGACUACGUCAACGAAAAGGGCGUCGGGUACAAGAAGACCAACUACAAGCUCCGAGACUGGCUCUUCGCCCGUCAGCGUUACUGGGGCGAACCGUUCCCGGUUGUGUUCCCCGAAGACGAUCCGAACACCGCGGUGCCCAUUCCUGAAUCUGAGCUUCCUUUGGUGUUGCCGGAGACGGACAACUUCAAGCCCAGCGGCUCGGGCGAGGGUCCGCUGGCGAACUGCGAAGACUGGGUGAAAACCGUCGAUCCGCGCACUGGAAAGCCCGCGCGCCGGGAGACGAACACCAUGCCUCAGUGGGCGGGCUCGUGCUGGUACUACCUGCGCUUCAUCGACCCGACGAACGAAGACGCCCUCAUCGACGGCUCGCUCGAAAAGUAUUGGUUGCCGGUUGAUUUAUACGUCGGUGGCGCCGAGCACGCCGUGUUGCACUUGCUUUACGCGCGGUUUUGGCACAAAGUGCUGUACGACAUCGGCGUCGUGAGCACGAAGGAACCGUUCCAACGAUUGGUUUCGCAAGGGAUGAUUUUGGGCGAAGUCGAGUAUUCGGCGCACGUGGACGCCGACGGCGCGUUCGUCGAAGGUAACAAGACGAGCGGGUUACAAACCAUCAAGGUGCCCGCGAGUGAUGUCACGAAAAAGGGUGACGGUUUCGUUCUCACCGCUAACCCGAAGGUUAAGAUCUCCGCGCGUGCGCACAAGAUGAGCAAGUCUCGCGGCAACGUCGUCAAUCCGGAUGACGUCGUCGGCGAGUACGGCGCCGAUUCUCUUCGUUUAUACGAAAUGUUUAUGGGUCCGUUGCGAGACACCAAGAUUUGGCAAACAAAGGGUGUUGAAGGUUGCUACAGGUUUUUGGCGCGAACGCACCGUUUGUUGGACAAAGUGACGGAUGAAAAGCCCGACGACGAGGGCCUCGUGGCGUUGAACAAGUGCAUCGCCAAGGUUACGGAGGAAACCGAGCAGAUGCGUUUCAACACCGCCAUCUCCGCGAUGAUGGAACUCACCAACGCUUGCACAAAAAUGGACAAAGUCUCGCGCGACAUCCUGGAGCCGUUUUCUUUACUUUUGUCUCCUUACGCGCCGCACCUUAGCGAAGAGAUGUGGGAGCGUCUCGGUCACUCGGGAUCAAAUUCGCAAACGGCUUGGCCCGUCGCCGACGAGAGCUUGCUGGUGCAAGACACGGUGGAUAUCGGCGUGCAAGUAAAUGGUAAGAUGCGAGGAACGAUUUCGGUUAGCUUAGAAACGUCGCAAGACGAUGCGAUGGCGGCGGCGUUGGCGCAAGAUUCGGUGAAAAAGUUCACCGAAGGCGUCGACAUCAAAAAAAUAAUCUACGUGCCCGGUAAAAUCCUCAACAUCGUCGCCCCUCCGGCGAAGAAGUAA